AUGGUUCAUCCUGGAGUACGCAACAAAAAUGAUAGUGCCGUAGAUCGGCGAAAGACCUUGUUCCGAUUGGUAAACAUCAUCGAUCUAAUGGCCAUACUCCCGUUUAUUAUCAGAAUAAUGCUGUUCAAGAUUGGUGUAAACAGCGAUCAGCUAAGAAAUCUCAAGGUAAUUGCCAAAAUGGAGCAUUUUGGUUAUAAGAAUACUUCGAAUACUACGGGUAAUUCGAAUGUUGAAGCAUGCGCUAAGCAGUGGCUUGCAGAUGUUUGGGAAAACACUCAAAGGGAAUAUCAAAAGGAAUUAAUAAACCAAAAAUGGCAUUUUCAAAAAGAAAACAGAGGAAAGGCAACGAACCUUUCCUCUGUUUUCUUUACGGAACGAAUGCAGUUUCAAUGCAUCUCAUUGGGGGCAAUCUUAUUUCUAAACGGUCAUGGUUAG